AUUGGGGGGGGGGGGUUGGUGGCUGAGAGUCUAGACUAGUAGCCACGUAGAAAUGACUUGGGCAGGAUAAUUGGAUAUCUUACAAUACAGACGAUAAGAUCAAAUAUAUAUUUCACAGCUGCUGCUGUGCCAUUGAGUUUGGUGAAAUGUGUUGCCUGGGUAGGGUAAGAGUUGACCUCGUGGCGUAAGAGUUGAAUACCCCUGUGCUAGGCUAUCUGCCGCGUGCGCGCGCGUGUGUAUGUGUGUGUAAAGGGAGCGACACAGGAGAUGAGAAGCAGGUACAGGGAGUGAAGGUUUAUUAGCUGACGGACAUGAAACGGAACAGGAACAGCGCCUGGACAGGAACACAUAGCAAACACAAUACGAAAUAAUGCAGACACAGGGAACAUAACCAAGGAACAGACAGAUAUUCCGGGGGUAAUCAACAAAGUGAAGGAGUCCAGGCAACAUCAAAUGGCACUUUGUGUCCCGGGUCCAGACGAGCCAGAUCUUCCACCCAGAUUGCAAAUCACAUACCACCAUAGUCCCUGUGCCAAAGAACACCAAGAUCCACAGAUGAUGCAAUCUCUAUUGCCCUCCACACUGCCCUUUCCCACCUGGACAAAAGGAACACAUACGUGAGAAUGCUAUUCAUUGCCUACAGCUCAGCGUUCAACACCAUAGUACCCUCAAAGCUCAUCUCUAAGCACCCUGGGACUAAACACCUUCCUCUGAAACUGGAUCCUGGACUUCCUGAUCGGCAGCCCUCAGGUGGUAAAGUUCCGUCUCCAGAAAAUGUGACAGUGAGCUGUAACAACUUACAGACAACUGUUGAUUGGAACCACAGUGAACUGCUUCGUCGACCUCUCUUCAAAUUGAAAAUAACUGGUGAUCUCAGUUCGUGGGAGAAUUCCACUAAACAGCAUCAUUAUGACCUCUCCCCCUUGAUGUGGAAUGCUAAAGAACUGGAUCGCUACUUUGUGAACAUAACGGCCAUUGAUGAAAUGGAGGAAUCAGCAUCUCAGAAGUCCUCGAUAUUCACAUUUAAUAGAAUCCUUACAGCUGACAUCCACUGCAAGUUGGAUUUCCCUGCUGUAAAUGUGUCAAUGAAGGAUAUGAAGGUCACAGUGAGCUUCGACAACCCUUACCACCUGUACACAGAACUGAAAGAGUCUCGCAUGGGUGAAGAUGACAAACGCUUCCUAUCCCAAGUAACCUAUGAAAAUACUAAUCACACGUUUGAGUGCCAGAUAGAAGACAAAGUCUGCCAUCAUGACUUCACAGUCCUGGGGAACAAGGAGAAGUACUGUGUUAGUCUGGAGGGGAAUGCAAUGGGCCACCGGGUUAUGUUCAACAGAAAAGGGCCCAUCUGUGUCAAUGAAGAGAAAACAAUUUCACUGGAAUCAUUUUUGCCAUUGAUCAUCAUUGGCAUUGUGGCCUUUGUAGUCUUUGUGACAAUAAGGCUCUGCAAGAGAAGCAUGCGGAAAAGAAACUUGUCCAAUUUACCAAAGUCUUUGGCUUCAACCUUAUCAAACUCACACAAUAAUAUAAUGGACCUGCCAUUUGAGAUCAUGGCGCACAUCAGGGGCAUAGAACCAGUUACCACCACAUCCCAGAGCCUGUUGGAAACUUCAGAAGAGGAGGAGGAACCGGUUGAGACUCCGACCACUAGCGUUGGAUUUUCGGCUAACCCCUUUAGUUCUGGGCAGGUGGGAGAGGGCUUAUCGGACAGCAGGAGCCAAUUACGGACUGAGCUUCAGGUGACACAGCCACGCUCUGUGCUGCUGUGUGGAGAUGACUCCGAGGAAUCAGAGGACAUGGAUUCCACAGCUUCUGGCUAUGACAGACGACACAUUCCUCUACAAGAGGUGGAGGUGGAGAUGAGUGCAGGAGAUGUAGUGGUGGGCUAUGGCCCCACCUGAGCACCUCUGAACUCGGGCCUCUGUAAAAAAAAAAAAAAAAAAAAACCUUUCACUGGAUGGAUUAAGAACAAUGACAUUUGACUUCACAGAACUGGUUUACCUAGGUACACUGAUACACUGUCAUGCCUAACUGAUGUUCAAUCGUGUCCUCAUUGGUGCAGCUCUUCAUUCAAAGACUCAGUCAUGGACAUGCUUACUGAGGUGUGGCUGCUUCGCAUGAUGUAUUGUCUCUACCUUCUUGCCCUUUGUGCUAUUGUCUGUGUAAUAAUGUUGUCAUGUGUUGCUGCCAUGCUAUGUUGUCGUCUUAGGUCUCUCUUUAUGUAGUGUUGCGGUGUCUCUCUUGUCAUGAGUUCUGUCCUAUAUUUUUAUUUUGUAUUUUUAAUCCCAGCCCCCUUCCCUGCAGGAGGCCUUUUGAUAGGUCGUCAAUAUAAAUAAGAAUUUGUUCUUAACUGACUUGCCUAGUUAAAGGUAAAAAAAAAUAAGUAGAGAAAUGUUUAUGAAUUUUUGUACAUUUUAUUUUAAACUUUUUUUUAACAAGGCAAACCCUAACCCGGACGAUGCUGGGCCAAUUGUGCACCACCCAAGGGGACUCACAUCCGGUUGUGAUACAGCCUAGAAUCGAACCAGGGUCUGUAUUGACGCCUCUAGCACUGAGAUGCAGUGCCUUAGACCGCUGUGCCACUCGGGCUGACUCAGAGAACAGUCAGUGACAAAGUGCUCAAAGCCUCCAAGAUGGCAGGCAGUUAUACACCUGUACCACUCUUUCCACCUGAGCCAUUUAAGGAUAACAAUAGGGAUCUCUGACAACACUGGCCAACCUGUCAUACUGGAUUUACGACCAGCUUUAUUUACGUCAACCACUCUUCCAUGAAAAUAUGACCUUGUGGAUCAACGGCACUAAAGAUGUAGCACUGUAGGGUAAAAUACACCAAAUACUAUGUAUCCAAGCUAACCGACUAGGGUGUGAGAUGCAAGGCAAAUAUCACCCACGACAUUGGCCAUCCACUGAAGUUGCAUCAAUUUCUUUCAAUGUUUACCAAAACUUCAGGCCAACUGCCAUUAACCAGGGGCCUGUUGCACAAAACUAGGAUAAGGGAUUAAGCCAGGAUAUCUUGGUGAUCCUGGCUCAAUUGAUCCGUAAUCCGGUUGCACUAAAGAUGGAUAGGGGGCAGGAGGAUAUGUUAUGGUAUAAAUUACCAUGGAGAUUUAUUCUGUGGAGCUAGCCUGCUCCAGACCAGGCUAAAUUCCAGGAUCUAUUUAAUCUCAUCCCUAAUGUCAGUCAGCAGUCACCACAAAUGGAAACCAAUAGUUAUUUCACUGCUCACUAUACAUUGUUAUCACAUGUAACUAGACCCACUGUUAUUAUUUAAACGUUUGUGAUCAUUAAUUUCAAUGAUUUUGGAUAAAAAAUGAUUUUUAGAUGA